ACGGAAAUUUGAAGGCAGUUUCUCCAACUCCAGAGUCCAAAAUCCAGAUGAAGCCUGAAAGAAGUCUAAUGGCUGCUCUUGCUCUGACUUUUCCCUCCUUUUUUGGGUCCUUUUUCCCACAAUGCAUUGCAGUAGUUGAGAACUACAGAAAAAUACCUGUAAAUGACUAAUACGGAAAAUUCCUUCACGUUUAUACAGUAGAUUGUACUGUAUUUUUACGGAUUUUUUUUACAGUGUAUUCAGACUGUCUGUGAUCAGAAGAGGAGCACUUCAGAAAGCUUUUUCGCGGAGAGUGACUCAGUCCUCACAGAGCUGAAGCUGACUUUUGUGCGGCAGGGCAUGGGAUUGAGUGGUUUCUUGGGGCCCAAUGUGUACUCGGAGGUCCCUGACGGUGGCUGGGGAUGGGUGGUGGCUGUGGCAUUUUUCUUGGUGGAGGUGUUCACCUAUGGCACCAUCAAAAGCUUUGGCAUCUUCCUCCAGAACUUGAUAGACGAGUUUGGAGAGACCAACAGUCGAGUCUCCUGGAUUGUUUCCAUUAGUGUGUUUGUCAUGGCAUUCAAUGCUCCUUUUGCCUCCAUGAUGACCAACCGCUUUGGCUUUCAACUUGUUGUCAUGACUGGAGGACUGCUUAUUACUUCUGGCACCAUCGCCACCAUCUUUACCAGCUCCAUAAACCAAAUCUACAUCACCUACGGAUUAGUUGCAGGCAUGGGUUAUUGUCUGACUUUCCUCCCCACGGUGACCAUCCUUUCUCAGUAUUUCAACCAUCGGCGAUCUCUGGCCACUGCUGUCGCUUCUACUGGAGAGUCACUGUCAAUGUUUGCUUUGGCACCAGCCUUUGCAGCAUUAAGGGACCAUAUUGGCUGGAGAAAUACCAUGGCAGUAUUAGGAGCUUUGCAAAGCGUCAUCAUCAUCUGUGGCGCACUGCUUCGGCCGAUAAUUAUUAAACCCAGUGAGACGCUGAAACCAGAGGCUGACACCUUAACCUUAAAAGAUCUGAGCACACAUAAUGACUAUACAGAGGGCACAACUUCAGGGGUCUCUGUGACAAAUAAGGCAUUCUCUGAUCAAAAUACCUUCUGCAGUUUGACUAAUGAGCUAACUACAGGCUCUGUGAGCACUGCAGACUCUGGUGUUCCGUCUCUAAAUUACACUGACAGCGGCAAGCAACAGGAGACAGCUUUACCUCACAAAGAAGCAAAGGUGGAGAUUGAACGGGAACAAUUGGAAGAAAGCAAGGAAGAAAUAAAAACAUCUGAAAAAGAGGAAAAAACAAGCAGAGAUGCAGAAAAACAAGCGAUGAAAGAGGAACUAAACAAUGCAGCUGACAAAAAGUUAUCUGAAAACAAUUCCAAACUCUUGGACUUCUCCAUCCUCAAAGAGUGCAGCUUCAUUUUCUAUUCUCUCUUUGGACUGUUUGCCACUCUGGGCUUUUUCGCUCCACAGCUCUACAUCAUCCAGCUGAGUGAGAGUCGAGGAGUCGAAAAGGACCACGCGACCUACAUGCUCUCCACCAUAGCCGUGGCUGAAAUCCUAGGCCGAUUCUCUAUCGGAUGGAUCCUCACACGGAGGCAGUUUAGGAAGAAGAAGCUUUUGGUGCUUUUAGCAUGUGUGAUUACACUGACUGUGGUGCUGGUGGGAUUUACUUUGGUCACAGAGUUUUACGGCCUAGCCGUGUGCUGUGCUCUCUAUGGGUUCUUCUUGGGAACUGUGGUGUGCACCCACAUCCCUCUGCUGGCUGAGGAUGAUGUGGUGGGGAUAGAGAGGAUGACUUCAGCUGCUGGCGUCUACGUUUUCAUCCAGAGCUUUGCUGGGCUGGCAGGACCACCACUUGGAGGCAUGCUGGUGGACAUGACCCAUAACUAUGGAUCAGCCUUCUACUCCUGUGCAGCUGGCAUGGCUCUGAGUGCUUUGUUCCUGGGUUUGGUGAAGCCUGCUAAGAGAGGAUUUUCCUGUAUGAGGAGAAGACGCUCUGAAAGCAAUGCAGCCCACAAGGAGGAGAGUGAAGAGCAAACUGAGGAGAACUAGAGAUCCAAAUGAUUUCUCUGACUUUGACACUAAGUGAUGUAGAGGGUGUUUUACCUUUUAAGCUGAUGUAAAAUGAGAGUAAUAAAGGGUUCAAGCCAUAGAAUGGUAGUUAAAGGCUAAUGCUGAUAAACUGUAACAGCAUGAAUACACUGAAGAGAAAGACGUUUACUAAGUGCUUAAGAUCUGCCUUUGUAGGCCUGGUUUCUGAGAGCAAUCUCAAUAAUUUUUAGACCACAGUAUCUAAGUGAUAAUCGUGCCUUAAUUACCUGACAUACCAAACAGUGUUUUUUAACAGUGUCAGUAUUGCUACAAUGAGUACCUUUAAAUUAUCUUUGAAGAAGCUUCAUUUAGUCUUGCAUUUAAUGGAUGGCAGUGACAAAGGGUAUACUCAGAGUGAUUAAGUGUUAAUCGAGGUGUCUUAGUUGGACAGGAGACUUUAACACUGACGCUCAAUAAUUACCUCAGUGAUCAGGACAAUAACGAUAGACAAAAUGUAAUGCUAAUGUAGCAGCAAGAACAAUCAGUUACACAGAUCUUUGUUACACUUGUUAUAGGAAAUACCUGAAGCUCAGGAGUAUUUGAUUAUAUGUGUCUUAUUUGCGAUCAAAUCAAACUGUCACUAAGUUAACGGUGCACUGCUAUUUAAUACGGGAUGUCAACCCGCAAACAAUUUUUUGUAUCAAAAAUGUGUUUGUUCAUAAUAAAGCAACACUGUGAAACAGA